UGCAUUGUAUAUACCGACCUACCCACACGACAUCUUCUCAGUGGCAAGGGCAACAAACGGUGGGGCGACAGUGACAUUCAAGAAGGGAGACAGCCACAUGAUCACCAAGAAAGGGGACAGGUUCGACUUCUAUGAGAGUGCAGCGCUGGAGACCAUGAAGCGGGGGGAGGCAUGAGGACGCAGGACAGAGGCACAGAGACGAACAAGAGACAGCUGAAAAGCUGGACAGACGGACAAUUGUGUAAAGUAAAAGAUGUACUAAAGACUGUGUCAAACCUGAGAAGCUGAACAGACGGACAAUUGUGUAAAGUAAAAGAUGUAUUAAAUACUGUGUCAAACCUGUAUCCUGAGCUGUGUGAUACUGUGGUCAGAAGAAGCCGGCGAGACGCAGGAAACCUCCACAACUGGCCCCCAACUUAAGCGAACCACGACGAUGUCCACCACAUCACCCCUGGAGGCACUCGGGCAAGUGCUUGCCGAGGUAUCGGCAGCAAGCCGGCAACAGACGCAGCUAAUCCAGCAGCUGAUGGACAGAUCCACGGUAGGAGGGGGAGCAGCAACAUCCAUGCAGCGAAUGGGGGAGGCAGAAGAUCCCCACACCUUCCUGGAUGUCUUCGAGGCCACGGCGACCUCAUGCGGAUGGCCAGAGGCAGAGUGGGGAGUGAAGCUGCUGCCGCUUCUGGUGAGGGAGGCACAGCGAGUGGCGGUGGCCCUCCCGGCAGCCGCCAGGAUGCAGUACGACAACUUACGCCACGCCAUCCAAAUCGGGUCGGCAGCAGCUCGGCGGGUCACCGGAGGAGGAUCCGAGCGAUGAAAUUGGGCCAAGAAGACCGACCAUUCAUCCUGGCGCAGUAAAUGAGGGACGCGGCGAACCGAUGGCUUCAACCAAAUGGUCAAGAUCCUCGAGUGGUUGAAAGAAUCCUCCUGGAGCACUUUGUCGACGCCGUCCCGCCCAGGACCGCAGCAUGGGUGAGAUACCACCGUCCAACGGAGGUAAAAACAGCAGUGGCACUGGCUGAGGACCACCUAGCGGUCCAGAGGGACAACACAACGAAGGCAGCGGAAAGGCCCAUCCCAGCUCCACGCUGACGACUCCCACCACCAGACCGACGGGCACUGGAGUGGCGCCCUCACCUGGCCGGAGGACCGGGAAGCAAGGAUCAGGUCCCCUCCUUGAACAAUCAACACAAGCACACACACACACACACACACACACACACGCACCCAGUGAUGCGGGUUGUCGGGAUCCCAACACCCGCCCCCGAUCCGGGGGGGACGUACUGUGUCCCAGUAAGAAUACAAGGGAGUACAUACCGGGCAAUGGUGGAUUCGGGCUGUAAACAGUCCAUGAUGCACCAAAACCUGGUUCGACCCGGGGUGUUGAGGCAGGCGACACUGGGAAGAAUUAGGUGUAUUCAUGGGGAUGUGCACGAGUACCCGAUUGUGCCAGUGGAAAUUUGGUAUGAAGGUCAAAAGCAUAAUGUUAAGGUUGCCGCAAGCGCGCACCUUACGCAUCCCAUAAUUUUAGGAACAAAUUGGCCGGGGUUUAACCGGUUAGUGACACAAUGUGUGGGGAUGCGUUCACGGACUGUAGGACCGGGGAAUAUCCGUGCAGUACUCGCUGGCGAACCGGCAGGGGCUUCGCGGGACACCCCACCGGCCCUCCGCUGGCAGUCCACGGAGGAUUUUCCCCUUGAGCAGUCCCGCGAUGAAACUUUGCGCGCGGCCUGGGACCAGGUGGUUUGCAUAGACGGUCAGCUGGUGCGCCCAGGGAAAACGCAGGUAUUCCCCCACUUUGUGAUUAUUAGGGAUAGGUUAUAUAGAGUGAGCCGUGACACUCAAACAGGUGAGGAUUCCACCCAGUUGUUGGUGCCAAAACCCCGCCUGGAAGGGUUUUCCAGGCGGGGCACUGCAAUCCCCUCGCUGGCCACUUGGGGUACGAGAAAACACUCAAUCGGGUCAUGGUCCGUUUCUAUUGGCCAGGCAUCCGGGCAGACAUACGCCGCUGGUGUGCUGCCUGUCCGGAUUGCCAGCUGGUAAACCCGGCGGCCGUCCCGAAGGCCCCUUUGCGCCCAUUACCACUCAUGGAGGUCCCGUUCGAAAGAAUUGGGAUGGACCUCAUCGGACCAUUUAACCCAAGCACACGGGGAUAUCGCUUUGUGUUAGUUCUGGUGGAUUACGCAACGCGGUAUCCCGAAGCAGUGCCGCUGCGCUCCAUCUCUGCCAAGAGUGUGGCGCAAGCACUCUUCACGGUCAUUUCCCGCGUCGGAAUCCCGAAAGAGAUUUUGACGGACCAAGGCACGUCCUUUAUGUCACGCACGAUAAAGGAACUGUACGGGUUAUUGGGGAUUAAAGCGAUCCGCACCAGUGUAUACCACCCACAAACUGACGGGCUGGUGGAACGGUUUAAUAAAACGCUGAAAACCAUGAUCCGUAAGUUCACGCAUGAGGACAAACCUAAUUGGGAUAAAUGGCUGGAUCCCCUAAUGUUUGCGAUGCGGGACGCACCCCAGACCUCUACCGGUUUUGCACCGUUCCGAGUUAUUAUACGGCAUGAAGCCUCGCGGCGUAUUGGACCUAAUUAAAGAAAGCUGGGAGGAAGGUUCAAGCCGCAGUAAAAACGAAAUACAAUAAGUUAUGGACCUGCGAGCAAAACUCCACCAGGUGGGGCAUUUGUCACGCGAAAAUCUGCUCCGCGCCCAGCAACCGUACGUACAACAAGGGAACCCAGCUGAGAAAAUUUUCACCGGGAGAAAAAAUACUUGUACUACUCCCAACUUCCAGCUCAAAAUUACUAGCAAAGUGGCAAGGACCCUUUGAGGUCACACGGCAGGUAAAUGAUGUGGACUACGAGGUUCGGCGCUCGGACCGAGGUGGAGGCUUACAAAUUUAUCAUGUAAACCUACUGAAAGCAUGGAGGGAGGCCGAGCCUGUCUCCAUGGUGACGGUAGUGAGAGAGGAGGAGGAGUUGGGGCCAGAGAUCCCGCACUCUGCUUCUUCUUCUCCUCUUCCCUGUGAUGACCAGCUCACAUUGGCUCAAAGAGCGGCGGUUGCUGAGUUACAGCGGCGCUAUGCAGAUGUGUUCUCCUCGCGGCACGGGCGCACGGAUCUCAUCCAACAUCAUAUUGGGACCAGCCCGGGGAUUACGGUGCGGUCUCGGCCAUACAGGCUUCCCGAGCAGAAACGCAAAAUAGUGCGGGACGAAUUAAAACCAUGCUGGAGUUAGGAGUAAUAGAAGAAUCCCACAGCGCAUGGUGCAGCCCUAUCGUUCUUGUAGGGAAGAAGGAUGGGUCUGUGCGGUUCUGUGUGGAUUACCACAAGGUGAAUGAGGUGUCACGUUUUGACGCGUACCCAAUGCCUCGGGUCGACGAGCUUCUGGAUCGGCUGGGCACUGCUUGUUUUUUCACGACACUGGAUUUAACCAAGGGCUACUGGCAGAUUCCCUUAUCACCAGAGUCCCGGGAAAAAUCGGCCUUCUCCACUCCGGAAGGUUUAUACCAGUUCGUGACGCUUCCGUUCGGGUUGUUCGGUGCCCCUGCCACGUUCCAGCGCCUCAUGGACCGGGUGCUGCGACCCCACGCUGCAUACGCGGCUGCCUACCUGGAUGAUGUUAUCAUCCAGAGUAGCAGCUGGGAAGAUCACCUGCGGCGGGUGGGGGCGGUGCUCGAGUCCUUGAGGCGGGCGGGGCUCAUCGCCAACCCUGCGAAGUGCGCGGUUGGCCGUAGGGAGGUACAGUAUCUGGGGUACCACUUGGGGGUGGGAAGGCUGCUGCAACAGGUUGACAAGACGGCGGCAAAUGCGCCCUGUCCACCCCCCAAGACUAAAAAAGAGGUGAGGCCGUUUUUGGGACUGGCGGGCUACUACCGUAGAUUUAUUCCCCGGUUUGCAGACCUGACCAGCCCACUGACGGACCUCACCCGAAAGGGUGCUCCAGACCUGGUCCAGUGGACGGAGCGGUGCCAGCAGGUGUUUGAGGAGGUAAAGAAAGCACUCUGUGAGGAGCCGGUACUGCGCAUGCCAAAUUUUAACAUUCCUUUCUGUCUGCAGGCGGACGCGUCGGGCCGGGGACGGGGGCCGUUUUGACUCAGCAGGUGGAGGGAGUCGAUCGCCCCAUACUGUACAUCAGACGGAAAUUGUCGUACCGGGAGGCGAGGUACAGUACGGUGGAGAGGGAGUGCCUCGCCAUCCGGUGGGCGGUCGGGGCCCUCCGCUACUACCUGCUGAUCUGAGCCUUCAGUCUCUGCUCAGAUCACAAACCUCUCCAGUGGCUCCACCGUAUGAAGGACGCCAAUGCGCGGAUCACCCGGUGGUAUCUUGCAUUACAACCCUACAACUUCCGGGUGGUCCACAGGCCGGGAGCGCAGAUGGCCGUGGCGGACUUCCUCUCUCGCCCAGCUAUUGGGGGGGGUGAGGGGGAGUGGGCGCGGCCGGACGGGUGCCCGGCCUGUGUCUGGCGGUGGAGGCAUGUGGAGUGGGGCGUGUUCCACACGUCCCCUGCGGGCGGGGUGUGUGCAGGGGCCGGCCAUGAAGCAGCCAACAGGUGAGUGGAUACCUCAGCUGGAACGAGUUAUCUAAUGACCUGUUCCCUUUAUUAGCAGCGCUGGAGACCAUGAAGCGGGGGGAGGCAUGAGGACGCAGGACAGAGGCACAGAGACGAACAAGAGACAGCUGAAAAGCUGGACAGACGGACAAUUGUGUAAAGUAAAAGAUGUACUAAAGACUGUGUCAAACCUGAGAAGCUGAACAGACAGACAAUUGUGUAAAGUAAAAGAUGUAUUAAAUACUGUGUCAAACCUGUAUCCUGAGCUGUGUGAUACUGUGGUCAGAAGAACCCGGCGAGACGCAGGAAACCUCCACAGAAGCCGGGCGAGACGCAGGAAACCUCCACACAAGGUUUACAAUGACAACCAGGGAGCUAUAGCACUAGCUAGAAAUCCAGUAAACCGACAAAGGUGCAAACAUAUUGAUAUGAAAUAUCAUUUCAUUCGUGAAACUGUGAACAGUGGGAGAAUAUGUUUGGAUUAUUGUUCUACUGACAACAUGAUUGCUGACUUGAUGACAAAACCAGCCACUAAACUAAAACUGAAGAAGUUUGCUCAGUAUUUGUUUGGCACUUAGAGUGCAAGAAAAGCAUAUUGUGUGCCAAAAUGUGUUGUUGUUUUAUUUUCUAUGAAAAUUAAUGUACCACAAUAAGCUAAGAGCGAGUGGGGGUGUUAAGUGUUGUACUGUUGUACGCCCUUACUCAUUGUGUCCAUUAGAGGGCAGUGUUUACCUCUGUGUUACCUGACACCUAUUUUUCCUGUUCCGGGGUCAUGAGUUCAAUCUGUGUGUCAAGCGGCAGCACAUUUACGAUGCUGCCGAUACAAUAAAUAUAUCUACAAGACCAAAGGUAAAGUGUGUCUCAUGAGAGUUUGACUACAUCUCCACCACAACGCACGAUCCUCAUCACUGUGGAAAACCUGGACAACACAGACUUUUACCAGGAGAACUUUUGAAUUGGAUGCACAGACACGUGUAAGGAGAAGUGUGUGUCCCAUGUUGCAUUAGUGUCCGUGUGAAAUGCUGGCCUGUCUGCCAGGGCCAGGUGACCUCCCCCUCCAGCUUCUCCCCCACACGCAGAUGAACACUGGACCUCAGAAAUGGGACACCACUCAAAGGAUGAGAUCCACCCCCUUCCCAACCCCUGCAGAAUUGGAUGCCUAUGCUAAGAAGGUUGCCAACAACCCCCUCACUAUCAAGAUCUUCCCCAACAGCGUCAAGGUCCCCCAGCGGAAUCACGUGCGCCGCACGGUCAACGGGCUGGACACAUCAGGCCAGCGCUACAGCCCUUACCCUUCCUCUCAGGCCAGCGCCAAGGCCGGCCUCCUCGCCGUUGUCAAAGUGCCCGCCGUCAAGGGCAUCCUCAAGGAUUUCGCCGGCAGCCGGGCUCGCCUGCACCCUGAAGUCAUCAUGAACCACCUCAGCGGACCUUACCAAGUGGCUUCGACCAGCACUUUAAACCAUCACCCGACUCUGUCCAACCAGAGCUUAGCCCUGCUACCGCAGGACGCACCUCAGACUCUACAGAUGCCACUCAGACACCCUUUCACCAUGGCCCAACACCCUCAGGGCCCACCUAGACUGCAGACUGUCUCUCAGCACCCCGCCCUUGGUCACCCUCAGGUGCCCUCCACUGUCUUAAUCCAGCAGCAGCACCUUCAGCAACAGCAACAGCAGGCACCACCCGGCCUGCCGGGGAGCAGAAAACUGCCGGAUGGCGAGGUGCCGCCCAAUGUGACCGUCUCUACCUCAACCAUUCCGCUCCCCAUGGCCACAGGGUUGCAUCACGUCCGCCAGCCGGACUUGAGCACCAUUGUGCACCAGAUCAACCAGUUCUGCCAAGCUCGGGCCCACAGUGCUGGCUCGGCAUCCCUGUGCGAGGGCCAGAUUGCUAACCCAAGCCCCAUCAGUCGCAACCUGCUCAUCAACGCCUGCUCCAGGGUGUCCAUGUACAACAAUUCCGCCGCUUCCGGCUUCCCCCCACCCAACUGCAUCGUCGGCCCCCAUGAGAAAGCCACCAUCCCGGUGGGGGCCCUCCCUCCUACCACCGUGACCAUGAACCACUUGCCUUCCAACCACACAGAUCUCAAGCAGCAACAGCACCCUCAACAGCAUCUGCAACCACAAGCCAAUCAGCAACAACAGAAUAUGCGCUCUUGGAAUCAGCCUCAGUUGACCCACCAUAUUCAGAAUUGCGGGAACCAACCCAGCAAGCAGCCUCCGAGGGAAGCCACCUUCCAUUUUAAGGGAAUGAGCUACCCUGCAGACAUGUGCGUGGGUCAGCCGUAUGUACUCAAACCUCCUAUCGAGCGGCCCACACCCUCGCCGCCCGUCAACAACGGCAUGGUGGCCCACUACAACAACGGCCACUUCUUCCAGUCCCACAUUUGGAACAGCGGCAUCCUACCCACACCCAACAGCGACAGCUCCGGCUCUCAGGACGUAGCCAUGCCAUUCCACGGGGCAGGCCCAGGGGGGUGCGCCGCACUAGAAUGCGGGCCCCUUGGGCCUCCCCAUUACCGGCUACCACCGAUCUCCUCUGCCCAGACUAAUCUGAUGCAAACCGCAGAUUACAUGGGCGGGGACUUCCAGGCGCCCUAUUUCCGCGAUCAGAAUCUAGGGUUGAUGGUUAAGAUGCACGGACCCCCUGUGAGCAGGGAGGUCGGGGAUGGUAGAAGUGCUCUCAUCCAGCAUCCAGGGUACAGAUAAGCUAUGGCUUUGUCUCCAACACUUUCUUUAGUCUUAAUUGAAUACAUUUCCUUCAUGAAGAAUAGUAUUCUUUGUUGAUACAUCUUGCAAGUGAUCAAUUCUUUUAUUUAUUAGUUGUUUUUUUUGUUAGUGAAUGCUUUUACCUGGAAUAUUUAGGACAAAUCUACUGUGUCAUUCCCUGCUUUCUUGCCUCACUUUCAGUGUGCGACUGGAUCUCAACAGAUCCUGUGUCACUUCCACUUCACACAUUUGCAGUAGGGAUGUUCCGAUCAAGGAUGUAUGCUGCUGACUGCAAUACCGAUUAUCCAUAAGUGAGAUCGUACAAUACCAAUACUGAUACUGAUCACAUGUAUUAACUGUAAAUGUUUCUCUGUUUUAAUGGUGAGUGCUUUCGACAGUUUAACAACAUCAAACAAUAUUCAUACUAGUUCCAUAUUCUCUUUAGUUGUAUACAACAAAGUCAAUAGUACACAAUAAUUACAAUAAUUACGCGCUGAAAUCCUUUUUGCCACUAAAGCCCUCCUGCGCCCAAUGAGUUAUUCCCUGAAUUUGUAAACAAACAAUCCAAAAAUAUGUAUAUUUUAAGAAAAGGAAAAAUAUUAACCUAAUCAUGCUAGUAUUGAUCUCAUACUGAUAUUACCCUUUGUGUUGACACUACCAAUUUAUGGAUCGAUCCGCCCUCCUCUUACGUGUUGUUUACUGACUGUGACAAUGCUCACACAGCAACAGGUGUUAUAUUAUCCUCUCUUUAGACUUUCGUUAAUCAACUUCAUUAAUCUACUUGCUAAUUCAAGGUUAAUAUCUGCUGCAACGUGGUUCCAUCGACACUUCUUAAACCUUACUAGGCACUUAUUUCUUAUAUUGUUUCAAGGUACCUUAGCUGCUAGCUCGUUUAGCUAUUGGCACACCUGCUCCUGCUUGCUCUUGGUGUGUAACAUGUUUAGCCUUGAACUCCAGUGAUAAUGUUACAUAAGAUACUAAAAAAAGGCUGUUUGUCGUAAUCGAGGUGAUUGGUUUAGGGGAGCGGCUUCACACAGUGUAUGGAGAUACACAUUUAACGGCUAGCCAGUCAGCUGGGGUCUAAAAACAAAUACAGUAUUACCCAAAGGGGGUCAGCGUUUGUGUUCGUCAUUAAAAAGCAUUUAUCGUCCGAUGCUGAUCAGCACAUCCCUAGUUUGCAAAGUAAAUAGAGAAACGUUGAUUCCUUCUUUCUGUUGGGUUUUUACAUUUGAGGAAUUUCUGGCUGUAGAUGAUUAGGCAAGAAAAGACUUCCAAAUCAAGCCAGAAAAGUGUGUGUGCGUGUGUGCGUGUGUGCGCGUGUGCGCGUGUGUGUGUGUGCGUGUGUACGUACGCAGAAUGACAUGUCAUAUUUAUUUGUGUGAUAUUGAAACUUGAUUUCUCGCCAUCAGGUUGUAUGUACAUAGCAAGGAGCCAGGAGGGAGCACACUUCUGCUCCACCUUGCUUCAAAUGCCGCAAUGAAUUCAAGUGUUUCAAAAGAAAAAGAAAAAAAGAAGUGCAGUGUCACCGGGCCAGGAAGGCUUCGGUUGUGACGUUUUAAGUUAAACAUCAGCCAAAGUCCAACACUGACGUUCUGUUUGAGAGAUAUGCCAUUUGUUUGACUUUAUUUUACACAGCAUUUCUUUUUCCGGAACCAUGACAAAUAUAUUACUUGAAUGUGGAGAUGAUUUGCUUUGCAGGCCAAACAAGAGUACAUAAAGCACAUAGUGUUACUUCAAGUGAAGUGUUGUUGCUACUGAUUCUCAUGUGAAGACCAAAUUGAUCACUUGCAAGAUCACAGGAAGUAAAAACAACAGACAUGUAUUUUUAUUUAUAUAUAUAUAUAUAUAUAUAU